CGAACCGAAGCGAAGCGAAGCGAACCGGGCGGUCGGCAGCUGUCACCUCGGGCCUGCCGACUGUCUCCGGGCCGAUGGCCGUGUGCGGAACUUAGGCGGGUAGGACUGUGUCAGUCGCCUACUCAAGUAAAGCGUGUGAGGUGCUAGUAGUAAUAAUGGUAAGGUAUAUUUGGUUUGCAUGUAAGUGUUUUGCGGAGCACAAUAUCUUACCGACGCUUAUAGCCUACAUUAAAGCCUGUGAAGCGAGCGAUGCCAUGCACAGGGUGAGCGGUACCUGCGCUGCAGCCAUAAGUCAUAACGGGUUACCUGAUGAAACGCCGAAUUAAUCACAGUGCCUGGGGGAGAAUACCCCCCCAUCCCCAUUACCAGCUUAAAAAAGGAAGAAAAUAUAGAGCUCGGUUUUAUUCAAGCGUGCUACAGUCAUAUAGGCGUGUGCAGCAACAUGUACCCCGAGGUGACUGACAUAAUACCAUAAUAUACCAUAAUUCCAAAGUACAUACUAAACAUACAAAGGAAUUUUCUUUAGUGGUUUUUCACGUGCAAGUUUUGGGACGUAAGUAUACUUUCAAAAGUGUUUUGGGAGUUGACGAUGAGGUUUAUUCCAAGUUUUACCAAAAAAAGCAAACAUAAAAAUAUUAGGAUGUCAACUGGAUAGUUCUAAAAAUGGAUGUAUCGGUAAUUGCAACAAUCUGUAUGGCCAGGGGGAAAAGGUAAAAUAUUUUCUCUAGUGAGAUGUGUGUCUGUGGUGCUGUGCUGUGCCAGAAGUGCUGCAUGUUGUAAAAUGAAAUAUUAAGUAACAUUUCCCCUAAAAGCAGGCUUUCUGGGCAUCGCAGAGCUUAAACAUCCACACAAGGACACAGGAAACCUGUCAGAUGCCUUUGCAGGCUUUACAAAAGGCUUCCUUUAGGAAUUUAGAAUGUCCUCAAUGAGUUUCACACCAAUUACUUUUAAAUAGCAAAUAAUAAGAAACAAAAGACCACCAAAUAGAGAAAGGCAUCCUCUGUUGAAGCAUUUCUUGUUAAAGCUGUAGUAGAAUUUAAAUAAAUAAAUAAAACCAGCCAGCGAACUGCUAGGCUCAGCGUGGCCGGAAGGUGACUCAUUGUAGCAACGUGACAAUUGUAGGAAAGAGCUCUGUGUCCGUAAUUAGAAUUACCGCUCCUCUGACACAGUUUCUCCUCUUUACUCUUAGUCCAUCAAAAUCCGGUGCUUUUUCAGUAUCUCGGCCUAAAGUGCUUUAUAUUUGUGGAAAUCCGGAACCGACUAUUCCAUGACCCCCGUCCAGGAAUCUGAUUGGAUGUAAUUCCUCAGGGCAGCGAUAAAUGCGCAAAUUACAGACGAGUCUCUUCCCCGGGCAACAAAUGGGCGUCUUUGUUCCACGGCUGACUGUCUGAGGCUUUCGCGAUCAGCUGAUGCCAUUCCCGGUGGCACGCUGUCUCACUGGGAGUUUGUUGUAGAUGACUGGAUGACUUGUCCCCCUGCCCCGAGGCUGCUGAUCUUCUCCUGGGCUGGACGCCCUGCCCUGCUUAAGGCCAUAUUUAAUGUGGACCCGGACGAAGUCCGCGCCCUCGUAUACAAGAAGGAAGACAUCAAUGUGCAGGACAGCGAAAAGCGGACCCCCCUACACGCCGCCGCCUACCUGGGCGACGCCGAGAUCGUGGAGCUGCUCAUUCUAUCAGGAGCAAGAGUGAACGCCAAGGAUAACAGAUGGCUGACCCCUCUGCACCGAGCUGUGGCAUCCUGCAGCGAGGAGGCCGUCCAGGUCCUGCUGAAGCACUCGGCCGACGUCAACGCGCGCGACAAGAACUGGCAGACGCCACUGCACGUGGCAGCCGCCAACAAGGCCAUGCGCUGCACCGAGUCUCUGGUGCCGCUGCUGGGCAAUGCCAACGUGUCGGACCGAGCCGGCCGCACGCCCCUGCACCAUGCUGCCGUCAGCGGGCACCAGGAGAUGGUGAAGCUGCUGCUGUCCAGGGGUGCCAAUAUCAACGCCUUUGAUAAGAAGGACCGGAGAGCGAUCCACUGGGCAGCAUAUAUGGGGCAUGUGGAGGUGGUGAAGCUUUUGGUUUCCCACGGCGCAGAGGUGACCUGCAAAGACAAGAUGUCCUACACCCCCCUGCACGCGGCGGCCUCCAGCGGCAUGAUCAGCGUGGUGAAGUACCUGCUGGGUCUGGGAGUCGACAUUAACGAGCCCAAUGCCUUCGGCAACACGGCGCUCCAUGUGGGCUGCUACAACGGGCAGGACGUGGUGGUGAACGAGCUGAUCGAGUGCGGCGCCAACGUCAACUGCACCAACGGCGAGGGCUUGGGGCCUCUUCACUUCACGGCCGCGUCGCGCCACGGGGCGCUCUGCCUGGAGCUGCUGGUCGCCAGCGGGGCUGACGUCAACAUCAAGAGCAAAGAUGGGAAGACCCCCCUGCACAUGACAGCCAUUCAUGGAAGGUUUUCCCGUUCCCAGGCUAUCAUCCAGAGUGGCGCCGAGAUAGACUGUGAAGACGUGAACGGCAACACCCCCCUGCACAUAGCGGCUCGGUACGGACAUGAACUGCUCAUUAACACGCUCAUUGCCAGCGGGGCUGACACUGCCAAGCGUGGCAUCCACGGCAUGUUCCCCCUGCACCUGGCCGCCCUCAGCGGCUUCUCCGACUGCUGCCGUAAGCUCCUCUCUCCCGGUGAGCACGCCAUGCCCUCUCUCCCUCUGGCUCUCUGCCUCUUUCUCUUCAUUCUCUCUCUGCUGCCCUCUGCUGGUGCCUCAUACUCGCUUAAAUGUCCGAUCUCCUCAGACUUCAGCGUUGACAGCCCCGACGACCUGGGAAGGGCCUGCCUGCAUGCGGCAGCGGCCGGAGGGAACCUGGAGUGCCUGAAUUUGCUGCUUAACACAGGGGCAGAUUUCAACAGGAAGGACGUGUCUGGAAGGACCCCCCUACAUUACGCUGCGGGCAACUGCAACUACCAAUGCCUGUUCGCCCUGGUGGGCUCCGGCGCCGGCGUGAAUGAUGCCGACGAGCAAGGCCGCACCCCGCUGCAUUACGCCGCUGCCUCCGACGGCCACGCCAAGUGCCUGGAAUAUUUGCUGAGGAACGAUGCCAAUCCGGGGAUCCGCGACAAGCGGGGCUACAACGCCGUGCACUAUGCCUCCGCGCGCGGCCACCGCCUGUGCCUGGAGCUGAUUGCAAGUGAAACACCCCUAGAUGUGCUGAUGGAGACGUCUGGGGCAGACCUUCUGUGCGACGCUGAUGUGCUGGUUCCCAUCAGCCCACUGCACUUAGCCGCAUAUCACGGCCACCACCAGGCAGUGGAGGUCCUUGUGCAGUCCCUGCUAGACCUGGACGUCCGGAAUAAACAGGGCCACACACCCCUGGACCUGGCAGCCCUGCGUGGGCACGUGGAGUGCGUGGACAUCCUGAUCAACCAGGGCGCCUCCAUCUUGGUCAAGGACUAUGUCCUGAAGCGGACUCCCAUUCACGCUGCAGCUGCAAACGGCCACGCGGAGUGUCUGCGCCUGCUGGUGGGGAAUGCAGAUGCGCAGACGGCCGUGGACGUGCAGGACGGCGCUGGCCAGACCCCCCUGAUGCUGUCUGUGCUGAAUGGAAACUCGGACUGCGUGUGCUCUCUGCUCAACAAGGGAGCCGACGUGAAUAUCAGGGACAGGUUGGGUAGGACUGGCUUGCACCGCGCGGUGGCCAUGGGCCGUGAGGACAGCGUGGACCUCCUGUUGCAGAACGGGGCAGACAUCUUGACCCGGGACAGUAGGGGCCGCACUCCUGUGCACCUGGCUGCCGCUGGGGGACACGUCGGCAUCCUGGGGCUGCUGCUGCAGGCUGCGCGGUCAUUGGAAAGCCCCCCCCCAAUCACCGACAAUCGGAGAUACACCCCUUUGCACUGGGCCUGCUACAACGGUCAUGACCCCUGUGUCGAAUUGCUGCUGGAGCAAAAUCUGUUUCAUGAGGGAGAUGGAAACCCUUUCAGUCCUCUGCACUGUGCUGCGAUAAAUAACAACGAGAGCGCCGCUGAGAUGCUAAUCGAAGCCUUGGGUCCCGCCAUCGUGAAUGCCACCGAUUCAAAAAACAGGACGCCGCUGCACGCCGCUGCCUUCGCGGACCACGUGCAGUGCCUGCAGCUCCUGCUGGGCCAGAGCUCGCAGGUGAACAGCACCGACACGUCGGGGAAGACGCCGCUCAUGAUGGCUGCUGAGAACGGCCAGACCAACGCCGUGGAGGUGCUGGUGAACAACACGAACGUGGAUCUUGCACUUCAGGAUGCCAACAAGAACACUGCCCUUCAUCUCGCCUGCAGCAAGGGGCAUGAAACUAGUGCCUUGUUAAUACUUGAGAAGAUAACUGACCGGAACCUCAUCAUAUUGACGAACGCUGCUUUGCAGACACCCCUGCACGUGGCAGCCCAUAGUGGAUUAACCUUGGUGGUACAGGAGCUGCUUGGCAAGGGUGCGAGCGUUCUUGCCAUCGACGAAAACGGAUACACACCAGCCCUGGCCUGCACUCCGAACAGAGACGUGGCCGACUGCCUCGCCCUCAUCCUGGCGACGAUGAUGCCCGUCUCCCCCAGCCCAACAACCCCCAACCUCUGCUUCAGUGCCCUUAACCAUUACCCUAGUGCCUCCAAGGCAGUGACCUUCAGGGGCAGCUCCGUCUCCUACUGCGGCUUCAACAGCAUCAGUCGGCACGACGGUGUCCACGCGCCAGGCGAGGAACUCAACGACUCCGACUCCGAGACCUACUGAGGGGGGGCAGCUGCCUGAACCCUGGCUGGGAGCUGGAGACGGAGGAGGCCUCUUGGAGCAGAACACUACAGGCAGCCUCUCCGUCCAGCUUCAUCCUCUUCUACUGCCUUCACUCUAGUUCCCUAGGUUGCUUUUCUUGUCUGGUUUUUAAAAAUGAAAAAAGAAGCUCAGAGUAAAUUCGCAGGUCCUUAAAGACCUCACGGACCAAUCUGGAAGACGUUAUCAGCCAAAAGAAGCAAUGCGCUUCUUACAAAAAAGAAAGAAAAGCGUAACUAAAAUCUGUGCCAUUCUGACUGACUAAAACACGUGACCUUUUCUAUGGAUGUGGGCAAACAGCAGCUGAACUUUCCCGUGACCCUUGACAUGAGAAUGUGGUGCCAUUUUUUUUUUUUCAGAAGGGGUGGAAAAACUGUAUAUUUACGGUAUUUAUGAGGUAGAAACUUAGUGGAUGUGUUCAGCACUGUGAGGGGAGCUGAGUAGCAAACACACGCCCCUGAUUGGUAGUGAUCUUUUAAAUGACUGUUUUACAUUAGCGACACGUGUGGUGUGUCGAUGCACAUGGUUUUGUGCCUUCGUGAAGUGUGACGUGGGCCAGCUACGUCCCUGUCUCCCUCUUUGCUGAGUAGCACAGUUAGUCUGAGUCAGUGAUACUGGAUUUCUAUACAUCAUACAGUUUAUACCAGUUGCAGGUCAGCGGUGGGAUUUUUCCCUACAUAUUAUCACAGUUGAAUAAAAAAUUGGAUAAAAGCAUAUGGUUGAAAUACAUCUGUUCAAACAUUCUUACAAGUGUUUUAAACUGGAUAUAUGUACAAUUUAUAAAGCUUAUAUUAAACGUGGAAGAACAUUAAUUUGACUUUCUUAUAUUUUUAGAUUUUUAUAGGGAGAUGGUUUGAUCAUUUUUGUCCUAACAGUAGUUUUUCAUUCAAAGGAGAUGCAUUUAAAUAUGAGGUGUGCCGUCUUAAGCCAGAAUAGGCCCCCUGUGCCGGCAUUUUCUAUCCGGGGAAACAUGAGAGAAACAGGAGAGCAGAGGAGAAAAUAAAAGGAAUUCUGGACAAAGAGGUUUACCUUUUUUAAAACCAAAAGAAGGGGAAAAUGUAACAUAGCAAACAGUGAAAUGAAAUAUGAGAACAAUGCUGUGGAGAAAGAUGAAGAAAUUAAAGUGGUAGAGGAGACGAGUGAAGAAAGGAGGAAAGGAAUGAGGUUAAAGGAAAGCUGGUGCUGGAGGCUAAGAUCUAGAUGAUGGAGGAGAUAUAAAAGAGAGAAGGCAAUAAAAGAGAUGGAUACCUGGUUCAAGGCAGUUUGGAGGAGUUUACAGGUGGACAAGAGUAUAGGAGAUGGAGAAAAUGUCACGGCAGUGGAGGAGGAGAUCGACGUAUUUGACCAUCAGUAAUACUUAUGAAUAAAGCAUUAAAAACUGCA